GCCUUACCUUCGUCCUAUCUUCUUUUCCACUCCGCGUUUCUUAAUACCUUGAAACUCGUCGCAUACUUUCACAAUGGGUGGUCAUCUCGAUCCUAAGAACGGAAUUUUCCUCGGCACGUGGGGUGACCUCGGUAUGUCUCUUGAACCCUCUCUCCGAGCGUGAUGAUGCAGACAACGUCCUGGGGCGGCAACCAUACCCUGGAUUGGGAAUAUGGCAUGCCUCAUUCGCAGAUGAUCAGGCCCCAAUCGAUGCUGGAUGCUGCUCAAGAUGACGAUUACAAGCGAUGUCGCCUCGACCCGCCGACAAUGGUGUGGCUGACCCGUAUCACCUCCUACUCCCUCUCUCCCAACCGUCAGCGCCCUCUCGCCGGUGCCGGUCACGCCGCUAUCUUCAACACCUUCCGCAGAUUCAGACACCAGGUCCUCUACGUCGCUCCUCCCUUCAUUGCCGCCUACGCCCUCAUGAACUGGGCUAUUGAGCGUAACGAGUACCUCAACUCCAAGCCUGGCCGCCUUCUCGAGGGUGGUGAGGAGUAAAUGUAACGUGCGAUACCA